AUGUUGAUGUGACUGUAUGACUCAUAUAAGAGUGAGUAACAAGCUGUCCGUUGUUUUGCUUACCUAAGAUUACAGAUGUGAGCUGUCAAAGAUGAUAAAUAAUUUAAUAUAAAGUUGUUAUUUCGUAAAUAAUUAAAUUUAUCGAUUAUGGACCCGAGGAAGAAUGAAACUUGUGAUUUAUCGGAUGUUAUUUUAAACGAAAUUGAUACUGGCACGCAAGAUCGUAAGUCGUUAAAACGACCAAAGCGUGUAUUGCAUUUUUCGGAUGGUGAUUUAGAAGAAUAUUCUGAAGACGAAACAGAUGUACCGCAUAUAAAUGCCACAGUGAAUCAAAUAGAUCCAAAAUCUCUGAAUUGGUUACCGUGGGCAUGGUAUCAAACCACUUCAAUUGGUAAUAAAGUACUGGAAGGAUGUGAUUGUGUAGGUGAAUGGUUAGCGGGCUUUUUCGGGAUUACAUCACCCAAGUAUCAGUUUGAAAUCAAUGAAUUCUAUAGAGUUCAAGCUCUUGAAAAUAAAAUGCAACGUAAACAGGAUUUGGAAAUGGGUGGGUGGAAUGAACACAGCAAAAAUAAUAUUGUAAAUAAUGUGCAAUGAAUGUAUUAUUAAAUUA